UAUCAAACAUGGCGGCGCCCUGUUUACGCACCGUGGGCUCUCUCACGACAAAAUGUGGACUUUGCUGCAAAAAUAUCAACAGACUCUCAUGUCACUUGAGCGCACAGAUGGUCCGGAGGCCUCUGAGCGUGAGUGCGUCCCUGCUCAGAAAGAACCUGGCUGCAACGGGGCCAGAGAAGUACACGCCAGAGUUCAUCCAAAAGCAGAUCGAGGAGUAUAACAUCGGUAAGAGGCACCUGGCCAACAUGAUGGGAGAAGACCCUGAGACCUUCACACAGGAAGAUGUCGAUAGAAGCAUCGCGUACCUCUUCCCCUCCGGACUGUUUGAGAAGAAGGCCCGUCCACUCAUGAAGCAUCCAGAUGAAAUAUUUCCCAAGCAAAGAGCGAUCCAGUGGGACACAGAUGGACGGCCAUUCCACUUUUUAUUCUACACAGGCAAACAGUCCUUCUACUCCCUCAUGCACGAGUUGUACGGCAAAGUCCUGGGCGUGGAGAGGUACCAGGACCGCAUGAGAGUCAAGGGCCUUUUCAACAAAGACGACCAGAUGAUCGCACUUGGAACCAGCAGAUGGUUGACCAAAGAUGAGCUGGAGGCACAGUUAGUCGAGACGGUCUCCACCCAGGAUUACGGUCACCUGAUCCAGCUGAUGGAGCGCCUCGUGUCCAUGCCGUACAGCGCCACGGAGCAGGAGUUUGUCAUGCGUUUCCGGCAGCAGCUGGAUGCUCUGGCCAAGAAUCAGAUCGUCCCACCGCUCCAGAGGGACGAGCAGGGAGUGGCGUUCAGCACAGCAGAAGGUCGGAGGAAGUCGUCCACCUGCUCAGUGCUGCUCAGAGACUGUGGCUCUGGUCAGAUCACCAUCAACGGCCUCAGCUACCUCCUCUACUUCUCCGUUCUACAGGACAGGGAGCAGCUGAUGUUCCCGUUCCAGUUCACCAACACCCUGGGCCGCUUCGACCUGCAGUGCACUGUGGAGGGAGGGGGUCGUGCAGGCCAGGCGGGGGCGCUGCGCCUCGCCAUCUCCCGCGCCCUGCUCAGCUUUCUGCCUGAGGGAGACAUGGAAAACCUCCGACAAGCUGGCCUGUUGACCCCUGAUCCCAGAGUGAGGGAGAGGAAGAAGCCGGGUCAGGAGGGAGCAAGAAGGAAGUUCACCUGGAAGAAACGCUGAGGUCUGCACUGUGACACCUGUGAUCCACUCGUUAAAAUAUUCAAAUCAACUCUUGUAUAUGAACCUGAAAUAAAUAUUGUUUUUG